AUGGCAGAGAGUGCAGAAGGCAGCAAGGCUUUGCCAGAACGGGUAAAGGACGCAAUCGAGGAUGCUGUCGCCGAGAAGAAGCCCAAGAAGGAGAAAGCUCCCAAGCAGCCCAAGCCACCAAAAGAACCAAAGCCGCAAGGUGCCAAACCGGCCAAACCCGCAAAAACAGAGCCUGUCGCCCCUAUGGACCCGGAAGCCAUGUUCAAGGAGGGCUGGCUGGCAGGUGUGAGACGUGAACGACCUGACGAUGAACAGGUGGUGACUCGUUUCCCCCCCGAGCCUAAUGGCUACCUCCACAUUGGCCAUAGUAAGGCUAUUGCAAUCAAUUUUGGAUUCGCCAAGUUCUGGGGUGGCAAAUGCAACCUGAGAUACGAUGACACCAACCCGGAGGCAGAAGAAGAGGUAUAUUUUACUGCCAUUGAGGAUAUCGUCAGAUGGCUUGGUUUCGAUCCUGCCCUCAUCACCUACUCCAGUGACUGCUUUGACAAACUUUAUGAAUUGGCAGAGAAAUUGAUCAUAUUGGAUGGUGCCUACGUAUGCCACUGCACUGAUGAACAACUAAAAGAUCAGCGAGGCGGAACAGAUGUAAAGAAUAAACAUGAGCGGUACGCAUGUCCACACCGGAAUCGGCCAAUUGAAGAGUCUCUCUCCGAGUUUCGAGCAAUGAGGGAUGGCAAAUACAAGCCCAAAGAAGCAUUUUUGCGCAUGAAACAGGACCUUACAGAUGGAAAUCCACAAAUGUGGGACCUGGUGGCAUAUCGAGUUCUUGAAAAGCCACAUCACCGUACGGGCAACAAAUGGAGAAUCUAUCCCACAUAUGACUUCACACACUGUCUCUGUGACAGCUUUGAAGGCAUUACCCAUUCACUCUGCACAACGGAAUUUAUCCUAUCCCGAGUGUCGUAUGAGUGGCUGAAUAACACAGUCAAUGUCCCCCACAAGCCCAUGCAGAGAGAGUAUGGGCGCUUGAAUGUGACGGGCACUGUCCUGUCCAAGCGAAAAAUCAAGAAGCUGGUCGACGAAAAGAUAGUCAAUGGGUGGGAUGAUCCAAGGUUGUACACUCUCGUUGCUCUACGCCGGAGGGGUAUCCCACCAGGAGCAAUUCUGUCUUUUGUCAAUGAACUAGGUGUCACGACUGCGAAGAUCAAUAUUCAAAUCAAGAGAUUCGAGCAGUCCGUGCGGAAAUAUCUCGAAUCUACUGUGCCUCGCCUCAUGGUGGUUUUGGACCCAAUCCCGGUCGUCAUCGAUGAUUUACCAGACGACCAUUAUGAAGAAUUCGAAAAUGGAUUCGGUCCCAAAGACGUCGACAUGGGAUCACACAAACUUCCGUUCACAAAGACGGUGUAUAUCGACCGAGAUGAUUUCAGAGAGGAAGAUAGCAAAGACUUUUUCAGGAUGGCUCCAGGGAAACCUGUAGGGUUAUUGAAAGUCCCUUAUCCCGUCAUAGCCACAAGUUUCAAGAAGAAUGAAGCCACAGGCCUCGUGACCGAGGUUCAUGCGAAAUAUGAUAAGCCGGCCGAGGGAGAGAAACCGAAAAAGCCGAAAGCGUACAUUCAUUGGGUUGCUAACGCACCUGAACAUGGCUCACCCAUUAAUUGUGAGGUGCGAGUCUUCCAACCGCUCUUCAAGUCAGAAAAUCCUGACGCUGUAGAGCCAAGCUUUAUGGCAGACUUGCGAGAGGAUAGUCUGAAUGUAUAUCCCAAUGCGGUUGCAGAGGUUGGCUUGAAGGAGAUUCGUGAACGAGCACCAUGGCCGGAGGAGGCGGGCGAGAAAAGGGGACGGGCUGGAUUCGAGUCGGUCCGAUUCCAAGCAAUGCGGACUGGAUAUUUCUGUCUAGACAGCGACACGGAUGAGACAUCGGGGAGGAUUGUUCUCAACCGGAUCGUCGGGCUCAAGGAAGACACGGGCAAAAAUGUAUGA